CUAUGUUGAGAAAGGAAGGGAUGAUGACUUUGAGGUAAAGGAAAUUCCUGUAAAGGAAACAACUUCACAGCUAGAGCUAACCACAACUCUUAUCAUGCAUGGUAGGAUGUGCAGGGCAUGCAGUCUCUGAAGGGGGUUCUCUAGAGGCAAUGUUAUAAAGGAGAUGAAAUUAAUACAGUUAGAGCUGAUUGAAAAAUCUCAUUAUCCUUGGAAAGUUAUAUCUAGCCAGAUAUGGCAGAAGCAGUAUUAGCCUUUGGGCCUGAUGAAGACUUUGGUGAUGGGCUCCUGUGAUCUGGGGGAGCUGGCAAAGUGAAGAAUCUCAGCUUUUAUUUUUAUUUUUAAUAAAGCAAAGAAGAUGGUGCUGACAGAGAACAUCUCUAAUCAUCUAUUUCAUAGUACUUCACAGGCCAACAAAGAACACAUUUUUCCAGAGUGAAUCAAAGUUGGAAAGGAAAAAAAUGUUUAUUUUUUGCUGGAUCCUACUAUUGUUUAUCAAAGGAGCAGAGGUUAGAGAGUUUAAUCUGACAGGGUGUCUUCAUAAAGGACCUGGAAGGAUUUAUCAUGCAAUUACUGAUGAGGAGUUUAUCUUGGAAUGUGUUUUGCCAUCCCAACACUGUACCCACAUGUACAACAACUCAGUUCUCUAUAAAAGUAAAGUGCUGUGGUUCUGGCAACAAAAAGACGGAGAACCACUGAAGAUUAUCAGCAAUGAAAGCACUAACCCCACUCAGGAAGGGAAUGCACUUUGGUUUAGACCGAUAGGGAUUAAUGCUGCUGGAGUAUAUAUCUGUAUGAUAAGGGAAGAAAUCCCAUGUCUCUCAAACAUCAUAAAGGUUCAAGCAAAGAACAAAGCAAAUUGUUCGGAUAAUGGCAGAAAUGAACUGUCUCUUCUCAUUGAAAAGGGACAUUCAAUUUCUUGUCCUGGGAUACACUGUUACAAUCAUUUACAAAGGUCACCAGUGACAUGGUACAAGAAUGGAAUUCGAGUAACGCUUCAGAAGAAUAGACCAAGUCUAAAACUUAAGGAUGAUAAAAUCCACUUGCUUCGUAUCUAUAAGAAAGAUGCUGGUAUUUAUGUAUGUGAUUACAUUUUAUUUGACAACAGCAGCCAAUGGACAAUGAGACGAGUAGUUAGAGUAAAAAUCAUUGCACGAAACACUGUCCACACCCCAAACAUCUUGUAUCCCAGUGGCAUGAAGACACUUGAAGUAGAAGUUGGAAAACCUCUUAAAAUGGAAUGCAAAGUAUCAUUUGGCUUUGAAAGGGAUUUUUUGCCUAUGAUAACUUGGUACAGAGACAACAAAGAAAGAAAAAGUGAGCCACUUUUGCAGGACCCAACUCGGAUUCGUGCAGAAGAAUUUGGAGGCAAAUCAUUUGUUCAUGUUGCCACACUCAGGGAAGUUACUGAAAGGGACCUGAACAGCAACUUCAUCUGCUUUGCUCAGAAUUCUGUGGGGAACUCAACAGGAGUGCUCAAGCUAAAAAGGAAAGAAAGAGCACUUUUCAUAUACAUAUUAUAUAGUGCGAUUGCAGUUCUAGUUGGACUCCUGGUGGGCAGUGCUUUUGUUUACCAGCAUUGGAUCGAAAUAGCGCUGAUGUAUAGAAAUUACUUGGCCAAGAACGAAACUGUAGAGGAUUGCAAAGAAUUUGAUGCAUUUGUGUCCUAUGCAAAACAAGACUCCUUUGAAAGUGAUUCCACUUUUCUCAAUGAGGAACAGUUUGCCCUGGAGGUCCUUCCGGAGGUGUUGGAAAACAAAUACGGAUACAAACUGUGCCUUCUUGAAAGGGACAUUCUUCCAGGAGGAGCUUACACCGAUGAUAUUGUAACAGCUAUUCAACUAAGCAGGCGAGCUAUAAUUAUCUUGAGUCCUAGCUAUGUCAAUGGACCCAGCAUCUUUGAACUGCAGGCAGCGGUGAACUGUGCUUUAGAAGAUAACAUGAUAAAACUGAUUUUAAUUAAGUACAAGUCGUUUCAAGAGCCAGAGUCUUUACCUCCAAUAGUGAAGAAAGCUCUUAAAAUUUUACCAGUAGUUACCUGGAAAUCCUCUAACUCUAAUUCGCCAAACAAACAAUUCUGGAAAUAUAUGCAAUAUCACAUGCCAGUGAAAAGUACCCGGGGCCUAAGGAAAAACAGUCUAAAGUGUUUUUUCCGAAGGUUAUUUAGUGUGGUUAUCGAUAGCAGAAAGGCCACUGGGAGAAGUCAGCAGAUUAAGAAAUGGUGAGGUGAUUGUAAAGGAACAUCCCGUAUCUGCUACCACCUGACCACAAAUUUAGGAGCUCAUCAUCUUUUGUCUCAUUGACAGCUCACCCUAAUAUAAAGUGAAAAAACCCUUCUAUAAUGUGACAACCCUAAAGUCUUCAGUAGAAGCAAGCAGCACUGGAUCCAGCUGGGAUAUGAUAUGUCUUUCUUUUAUUAUUAUAUUUAAUAUUUAUUAUUUUCAGCAAAGUUGUAGCCAGAGAUCCCAGUCUGAAUUUGGGCCCCAUUGUAGUAGAUGGUGUAUAAACCUAAGACAAAAUAGAGUUUACAGUGUAACUAUGUAAUUAAUAAUAGUAAUAUCAUAAUUCUAUUUCUAACUAAUACACACUGUGUGCACAGGCUUUCCUAUGUGAAAGGAAUUAAAAGCAUAAAGAAAUAUGGAUGGGAUUUUUAUUUUUAUUUGCCUAGUUCUGCUGUCAUUAUGUCAUUGGUAAAACUCCCAGGGAUUUCAGUGGGAGCAGAUUUAAGCCAAGUUUGAGCAUUUUUGAAAGUCCAACCCUGGACUUUUUUGUUUGUGUUCUUUUGCCCUGAUGUUGAUAAUAAUGAUAUAACAAUUUGAAUGUCUUGCUCAUUGCAUUGUGUUUUCAUUUGAGGUUUGUUUUUUCUAUUUUUCUUGAAAAAUUAAAAAGUUAAAAUUAAAAAAGAAUCCAAAGGAAUUUUGCAAUGUAACUUUUCCUGUGCAGGCCAGAGGGAGCAGCCCUAAAAUUCUUAGCCCAGAUUGUUCCUUUCUGUGGAAAAAAUCCACAAGAGAGAGCCUAUGAAGAGGAAAACUCUGAGAGAAUCCCCUCACAUGGCUAUGUUGGGAUGACAGGGUUGACGUUCUCCUCACCUAUAGAAUCGGGAGAAGUUCUGUCAAGGUUCCUUCCGCACUCUGAACUCUAGGGUACUGAUGUGGGGACCUGCAUGAAAGACCCCCUAAACUUAUUCUUACCAGCUUAGGUUAAAACUUCCCCAAGGUACAAACUUUGCCCUGUCCUUGAACUGUAUGCUGCCACCACCAAGCGUUCUAAAUAAAGACCACGUGAAGACAUCUUCCCCCAAAAUUUCCGCCCAAGCCCGACGUCCCCUUUCUUGGGGAAGGCUUGAUAAGAAUCCUCACCAAUUGGUACAGGUGAACAUGGACCCAAACCCUUGGAUCUUAAGAACAAUGAAAAAUCAAUCAGGUUCUUAGAAGAAGAAUUUUAAUUAAAGAAAAGGUAAAAGAAUCACCUCUGUAAAAUCAGGAUGGUAAAUACCUUACAGGGUGAUCAGAUUCAAAACAUAGAGAAUCCCUCUAGGCAAAACCUUAAGUUACAAAAAAAGACAGCUUAUUUUACCAACCAUUAAACAAAAGAAAAUCUAAUGCAUGUUCUAGCUAGAUUACUUACUAACUUUACAGGCGUUGUAAGGCUGCAUUCCUGAUCUGUUCCCGGCAAAAGCAUCACACAGACAGACAGAACCCUUUGCCUCCCGCCCCCCCCUCCAGAUUUGAAAGUAUCUUGUCCCCUCAUUGGUCAUUUUGGGUCAGGUGCCAGCGAGGUUACCUUAGCUUCUUAACCCUUUACAGGUGAAAGGGUUUUGCCCCUGGCCAGGAGGGAUUUUAUAGCACUGUAUACAGAAAGGUGGUUACCCUUCCCUUUAUAUUUAUGACAAGUUCCAUCCCUGUAUGUUGAAGAUCCCCCAGAAUAUCUUCCAGUUGCAUCACCUUACUUUGUCUGAAUUUUGCUUCAGUCUGCUUGCUCUCAUCAUGGCUCGGUCUCACACAAACAUGGACAGCCUGAGAAUUAUAGAACUGGGUGUCAACAGCAUAAUGAAAGUACAGCAUCCUGUAUCACCUCACUAGCAGCCCCAUCUAUUCAUUGAACAAGAGGGGAGACAUACUGAAACCCAGUGGUUCUAAUAGGAUACUAUUUUCUUAGAGGAUUGAACCCAAUCAACCUGGUGAUUCUUGGUAUGGGGGAAAGAGCAUCUACUAGCUUGGAAACCUUUCACUCACACAGCCAGAUAUACACCACUGACUUGAUUUCCAGAAGUGCUGCGCACCAACUGAAGUUGGUGGGAGCUCUGGGUGCUCAGCAGCUGUGCCAAUAAGGCCACAUACCAACAUCCCUAUUGUCACAGUUAUCGGGCUUACUGUACCUCUGAACCAUCCUGUUCUCUUGGAGCACACCCCCUUUCAGAUGUCAGGCCCCAAGCUGUUAGCUUUCUUCGGGUGCAAACCUCUCUCACACAGAACCUUGGGCAGCAGUCACCUAAUGCUAAUCAUAGUUACCUCAGCAGGUCUGAGUUAUGUUCAGUUUCUGCAGUUCUGCACCUGCUGGGAUAAUGACUGUGGUAUCCAGUGGCCAGACAGCCUUCCUAAAGCAGAGCGUUGUUUAUUUAGAAACAAAUCAUUUAAGAGAAAACCCAUCUUAAAUCAAUAAACAGUCUCUACACCUGCCCCUCAUUCCUGGGAAGGCCCCAACUGCUUCAGACACUACUACAGGAGAGUCUGUAUUCCAUGACAGUCUUUUCUCCCCAGAAACGGCUCACUCACAACUCCCUCCAGAGUCCCCCUCUCUCCAGAGAGAGGGCAAAAGGAUGCCCUUUUUCUCCUACAUCUAGGAAGUAAUGGACAAUUCAUUUACAUUCAUGAAAAUGGGAUCUCAAUCAUACAUGGUUAAAAAUGCUGCAGAAGAUGUUUGAGGUCAAAUAAACUUAUUUAGCCUGGAGGACAGCCUGUUAAGUUUAGUCUUCCGAAAAAAUGUUAUAUUUUGUUUUAUAUGUAACCUGUUGUUUCUGUUAUCCUUAUUCGCUCUCUCUUGAAUCUUGAACCUUUGAUAAUAAAGUUAAUAUUGUUU